AUGCCUGGGGACACAUACCAUCUGGAAUACUUUACAAAAACACCUACGAUGCCGGGAACUUUGAUCAGUGCGUCACUACAUCGGUGACCUUAAAUGAACUAUCCUACGCUGUUAAGGGCCAAUUUUGUUUUGCCAAAAUGAAACUUCCAUUAGAUUUGGGAGCUGUUAAUAUUGGAAUAUGUGUUCCUGAUAGUUGUAGUCCAGAAUAUUUAGCUUCAAUUUUUCAAAAAUCUUCAGAUCAAUAUUUGGAAGGAAGUCUUAAGGACAUAUCAGUUGAACAUUGUACGGAUGGAAAAAUUGAACCACUUACUACAAUUAAUAUUGUUGCUAUAACAAUUUUUGGUGUUGCUACAGCAUUGAUGAUUUUGAGCUCGAUUUAUGAAUUUUGUGUGGAUUACUAUAACAAAACACCAAUACCAAUUUUAUUGGCAUUCUCAAUGCUAACAAAUGGCAAAAGACUGUUCGCUAUUAACACUAAACGAUCUCGCAACAGUAUUGAUUGUUUCAAUGGAUUGCGUGUUUUGUCAACUCUUUGGAUUAUGAAUCAUCACAUGUAUGCAAAUAUUUAUGGAACGCCUAUGAUUAAUGAAGUCGAAUCUGGUCAGUUUCAAAAGACUGUCGGGUUUAUGUUUUUCAUAACAGCACCAAUGUCAGUGGAUACGUUCUUUUUUAUUGGUGGUUGUCUAGUAGCUUGGACUGGAUUCAGAGAUUUAGAUAAAUCGAAUGGAAAAAUAAAUGUCUUUAUGAAUAUUGUGCAUCGUUACAUACGACUGACACCAGUCGUAGCUAUUGGACUCCUAUUGCAAUUGGGCAUACAUAGUCUUCUUUUUACGGGACCAUUUAAGUAUAUAGCACAAACCAAAUGCGAUGGAACUAAUUGGUGGCCAAUUUUAUUGUAUAUUCAAAAUUAUUAUUUCCCGACUGUUAGGUGUUAUGAAGAAUCUUGGUAUUUAGCUGUUGAUUUUCAUCUGUAUGCCCUUUCACCAUUAAUUUUGAUUCCCAUGUGGAAAUGGGGAAAAAAAUUUAUACCCGUUGUUUGUGCACUGAUAGCUGCAUCAGUUGCAUGGGUUUUUGCAGUUUUUAUUAUGAGUGAUUUUACGGGUAUGUUUAUAGGAAUAAAUCAAGGUGAAUGGGAAAUGACAUAUGUUCCAACACAUACCAGAUGCGCUCCAUGGUUAAUGGGUUUCGUUUUUGGAUAUUUUAUACAUUAUCAUCGGCAAUCUAAUUUCCGUAUAUCAGGAAUCACCCAAUUGCUUUUAUGGAUUGGUAGCUUAGGAACUUUACUAUCCAUUGUCUUACUACCCUACUUUCCCUCAAUGAUUUAUGGGAGCAGUGUUUUCCAAGCUUCAAUGUAUGAGGGACUCAAACGUGUUGGUUGGGCAACAGCACUAACUUGGAUAUCAUUUUCUUGUUACUAUGGACUUGGCGGUUUUAUUGAUGCAUUUUUGUCACAUCCAUUUUGGCAACCAUUGAGCCGUCUCACUUAUGCAUUGUAUUUAACGCAUAUGGCUAUAGAAAAAUUGCAUUUUGGAUCGGCUCGUACACCAAUAUACUUUACUCCAUAUAAUCAGUUUUUGUAUUUCUGGUCGGCUUUUGGUAUAUCUUUGCUACUUUCAAUUUACAUAACAUUGGCAUUCGAAUCACCAAUUAUGAUUUUGGAAAAGUUUAUAUUUGGCGGAAAUAAACCAGUAGCUAAGAAGGUUACCCUUGAAGAACAACCAACACACACGAUAGCUAUGGAUCAAGUACAAAAAGUUGCAUAGCAAAUGGUUUCGAAUUAUUGCAC